GCAGUCAACUGAAGAAAGCUAUUUAAGCAAGACAGUUGGGGCGGUAUUUGCCAUGACUCUUCAUAUCCUAGGCUAAUGUAAAGCUAAGGUAUCUGUCGGACGCAAGUUUGCCAAAGGUCUCAUUAAGUUCGCAAUUUUCCUGUCAAUAAAAUCUCGCUCAACUGACAGCUGCGCCUGCAUAAAUUAAAUUUGGUGGAGUGCGACCGCGCCAGCGUGUUAAACUGCACGAAUAUUGCCUCUGUCGCUGUUAUUAACAGAAAAAGAUUCAAGACGAAGGGGGAGAAAAGUUAUCAGAGCAUUACCAAUCAUGAGUACUGUAGACAGCUUAAAGCUUUUGAUCUGGGGCAGUGGUAAUGGUGCGCAUGCCUUCGCUGGCAUCGCCUCUGCACAAGCGGGAACUGAGGUCAGAGUGCUCAGUUUGUAUCAAGACGAGGCUGAGCGUUGGAGUAAAAUCAUGCAGACCGCUGACCUGGAGAUCACAUGCAACCGCCGUGACCAAGACCCGAGUGUCAUCAGAUCCAAGCCGGCUUUGAUUACUAAAAACCCAGAAGAAGCCGCACGUGGUGUUGACAUUAUAGCUUUUGUACUGCCAGCAUUUGCUCAUCAGGUGUUUCUGGAGGCUCUCAAGCCGUAUAUUGAACCAGGAGUGAUUAUUGUUGGUCUGCCUGGGGCCUCGGGACUAGAAUUCCAAGUUCGGGGAAUUCUGGGAGAUAAAGCAAGCACUUGCACGGUGAUGAACUUCGAGUCCUUGCCUUGGGCGUGUCGCCUGGGUGAAUUCGGUAGGAAGUGCGAGGUCCUGGGAACCAAGGAAACCUUGGUUGGCGCAAUGCAGGUCGGAUCAGGUGCGGCACCAAAGAAGGAACCAGUAACGUCCUUGCAGUACCUUCUUGGUGAGCUUCCUCGCUUGACUGUCUCUGGGCACCUUAUCGGUGUUUCUCUUAUGAACCCUAAUGCAUGCUCACAUCCGGCCAUCAUGUAUGGUCAGUGGGUGGGGUGGGACGGGAAUCCAUUGGACCAACCACCCAUGUUUUAUACCGGAGUCACUGAAGAGACAGGUGAGCUACUCACCAAAAUGUCGGACGAGGUAGUUCACUUGGGAAAAGUCAUCGCAGAGAAGACUGGUGCUGAUAUGUCUCAGGUCGUUCCCAUGUUAGAAUGGGAUUUGCGCUGUUAUCCUGAGGACAUAGCUGAUAAGACAAACCAGUACACCGCUUUGCGAACAAACGCCGCUUACCAGGGCCUGAAACAUCCAGUGAAAGAGACGGAAAACGGGAAAUUCGUGCCAGAUUUUUAUCACCGCUAUCUGACGGAGGACAUCCCGUACGGGCUCUCUGUCAUACGGGGUAUAGCGGAUAUCGCAGAAGUGAAGACGCCACACAUCGAUGAAGUGCUACUCUGGGCUCAGGAGAAGGUCGGGAAAAACUACAUCGAGGAUGGGCAGCUUAAAGGGAGUGAUGUCGCUACCACCAGAGCACCACAAAGAUACAACCUCUUAACGCUUAAAGACGUGCUGGGUUGAUGAUAUAGCUGUUGCUUUUGGAGACAGAACUAAGCAUUGAUUGCUCGAACACCACAAACACUCUUAUUAAACCCUUCUCCCCUUAUUUUACUAAGCCCAUCGUUUAAACCUUCCAGUUUCUUAUAGACCCCUUUCGUUAGAUAGCGUUACAGAGCAUGUAAUUUUAAGCCUGAAUUAGUUUCUGUUUUCUUUAUCGCAGGUUUUUUAGUCAGAGAAAUGCAUACUGUUUACAGUUUUCUUUGAUUCUAGGCAACAAAUGAGAAAAAAUGUUGGCUCGAAUUUUGGCCCCCCCCCCA